GCCGGCUUGUUACCCCGCCGGGUGCGGCGGUCGCCUGGGUCCGGCGAGGCGGGGCGGCCCGGGAUCCCCAGGGCCGGGUGCCGCCUCACCUGUAGCCGGGCGGCCGGGCGGGGGAUGGCGGGCGCCGGCCGAGGGCGCUGCUCGGCUGCGGCGGGGAGUCCGGGCCUGGGUUGCGGCGGGCGCCGGCCUGGCCGGGGGCGCUGACAGACGCGCGGAGGGCGGGGGAGGCCGGGAGGUGUCACCCGGCCCAGCGGGGUGGAAGUGCCUGGAAAGUUUGUUUUCGGCUCGGCGCAGCCUGGAGUCGAGCCUGCAGGGUUACCUUUCGGUUCUGUCUGUAGAGGAACCGCCCUGGGCUUCCACCUGGAACGGGGUCCCUGGCGUCUCCGCCUGCGAGAGAAGCAGAAGGUGCAAGUUCUUGCUUAAAGCACCUGAUGCGCCUGGGCCCCCGUCUCCAGAUUCUCGAUGACAGUGGUCGGGUAAACUCUCCUUUCACGGCCUGGCCAAGGGGCAUUUGGGUGCUUUUCCUGCCCGUGGCUGUGCUCAGCGUUGUGGGAAGCCCCUGGGAGGCCGAAUGUGCAGGAUCACCGAGGGGAAAGUGAGCUUGACAGUAUGACGCCGUGCCCAUCCAGUCCAGCGUGGUGUUAUGUUCCUGCCCAUCCCCAUCAAUGGUGAGGACCCAGACUGAGUCCAGCACGGCCCCUGGCAUUCCUGGUGGUAGCAGGCAGGGCCCCACCAUGGACGGCACUGCAGCCGAGCCUCGGCCCGGUGCCGGCUCCCUGCAGCACGCCCAGCCUCCGCCGCAGCCUCGGAAGAAGCGGCCUGAGGACUUCAAGUUUGGGAAAAUUCUUGGGGAAGGCUCUUUUUCCACGGUUGUCCUGGCUCGAGAACUGGCAACCUCCAGAGAAUAUGCGAUUAAAAUUCUGGAGAAGCGACAUAUCAUAAAAGAGAACAAAGUCCCGUAUGUAACCAGAGAGCGGGAUGUCAUGUCGCGCCUGGAUCACCCCUUCUUUGUUAAGCUUUACUUCACGUUUCAGGACGACGAGAAGCUGUAUUUCGGCCUUAGUUAUGCCAAAAAUGGAGAACUACUUAAAUAUAUUCGCAAAAUCGGUUCAUUUGAUGAGACCUGUACUCGAUUUUACACGGCUGAGAUUGUGUCUGCUUUAGAGUACUUGCACGGCAAGGGCAUCAUUCACAGGGACCUUAAACCGGAAAACAUUUUGUUAAAUGAAGAUAUGCACAUCCAGAUCACAGAUUUUGGAACAGCAAAGGUCUUAUCCCCAGAGAGCAAACAAGCCAGGGCCAACUCAUUCGUGGGAACAGCGCAGUACGUUUCUCCAGAGCUGCUCACGGAGAAGUCCGCCUGUAAGAGUUCAGACCUUUGGGCUCUUGGAUGCAUAAUAUACCAGCUUGUGGCAGGACUCCCACCAUUCCGAGCUGGAAAUGAGUAUCUUAUAUUUCAGAAGAUCAUUAAGUUGGAAUAUGACUUUCCAGAAAAAUUCUUCCCUAAGGCAAGAGACCUCGUGGAGAAACUUUUGGUUUUAGAUGCCACAAAGCGGUUAGGCUGUGAGGAAAUGGAAGGGUAUGGACCUCUUAAAGCACACCCAUUCUUCGAGUCUGUCACGUGGGAGAACCUGCACCAGCAGACGCCUCCGAAGCUCACCGCUUACCUGCCGGCCAUGUCGGAAGACGACGAGGACUGCUACGGCAAUUAUGACAAUCUCCUGAGCCAGUUUGGCUGCAUGCAGUUGUCCUUGUCCUCCUCCUCACACUCCUUGUCAGCCUCGGACGUGGGCCUGCCCCAGAGGUCAGGCAGCAACAUAGAGCAGUACAUCCAUGAUUUGGACUCGAACUCCUUUGAACUGGACUUACAGUUUUCCGAAGAUGAGAAGAGGUUGUUACUGGAGAAGCAGGCUGGCGGAAACCCUUGGCACCAGUUUGUAGAAAAUAAUUUAAUACUAAAGAUGGGCCCGGUGGAUAAGCGGAAGGGUUUAUUCGCACGACGACGACAGUUGUUGCUCACAGAAGGACCACAUUUAUAUUACGUGGAUCCUGUCAACAAAGUCCUGAAAGGUGAAAUUCCUUGGUCACAAGAACUCCGACCAGAGGCCAAGAAUUUUAAAACGUUCUUUGUCCACACGCCUAACAGGACGUAUUAUCUGAUGGACCCCAGCGGGAACGCACACAAGUGGUGCAGGAAGAUCCAGGAAGUUUGGAGGCAGCGAUACCAGAGCCACCCAGAUGCCGCUGUGCAGUGACGUGGCCUGUGGCCGGGCUGCCUUCGCUGCCAGGACACCUGCCCCAGCGCGGCUUGGCCGCCAUCCGGGACGCUUCCAGACCACCUGCCAGCCAUCACAAGGGGAACGCAGAGGCGGAAACCUUGUAGCAUUUUUAUUUAAAAGAAAAGAAGAAAAAACACACCCAACCACACAAAGAACAAAACCAGUAACAAACACAAAGGAAUUCAGGGUCGCUUUGCUUGCUCUCUGUGCUCUGUGGAGGCCUCCAUGUGCCCUCGUUGCCAUGGGGACCCAGCUCCGUGCACGUCAGCCCAGUCCCACCCAGACUAGUGGACAGACCUGGUGUCAGCAGCUUCUCCUAGCAUCAGUCCGAGCCAUGCGCUCACCCUGCCCCUACUGUGUGCUGGUCCUGCUGUGGCCAAGGGGACCGGGUGUGUUUGGCUGUUUCUGCCCCUCCCACUGUGGUCCUGGAACUCUUCACCAGGGAGGGAGCCUCUGCGGCCCUGCCAGGGGGCCGCGCCUCUCUGUGGAGGGAGCCUCUGUGCUUCUGUCAUGUGCUCCCUUUCUUGCGUCUCCCUGUGUAUGGCCCUUAGGCCUGGCCGGGCCCAUCGCACGUCCCUGUGGUGGCUCUGGCGGCUUUCUGUGGGCCUGCUGCGUCGGCAGGCAGACUCGCGUGGUGAGGAGCGGGAGGGUUGGAGUGGUGUGGGAGCAGGCUGCCGAGUGGAGGGUGCCGUCGAGGGCUCCGGAUCCCUUGUCCUACUUAGCAGUGUUGGUCUCUGGGGCUGGAAGCCGAGCGCAUGCUGGGAGCGGUACUGUCAGAGGUGAGCCCAACGAGUACCCAGCCAGCUCACUGCAUGAGAUAGGCCUGCCCCAAGCCCUGGGUGGGGCCAGGAGGUGCCUUGGAGAAUCCAGCCAGAGCAGAGAGGGCCUGCUGACCUGUGUCUGGAGGAGCGAGGCCUGAGGACCUACUAAACGGUUUAAAUGUCCAGGCCUCCCCAGUCAGUGAAGUAGGGUCUGAGAGAACCCUGGCCUCAGCAGACCCGGGGUGAUUCUCCUGCAGAGCACACCAGGGAGUGCAGGCACCACCAUCACACACACCCCUUUUGUGCUGUGGCUAAAACUUCUCAGAGCCCACUCAGUUUCUACAUCUCUGCAUCAAAAAUCUCACAGCCUUCUCAUGCUGCCUGCUCAUCUGGCCCCAUAAAGAGUGGACUUUGCCAGUUGCUGUUGCACAGGAGGCGAGAACAGGACACUUCAACCCCAGCUUGCUGGUCUACUUUCCUCUGCCGGUUUUGGGGCUGUUUCCCUUUGAUGCUUUGGUGGCCUUCCCUGCUGUACAGCACAGAUAGGCCAGAUGCAUUUGUCCUUUGCCUAGCUGCUCCCCAGGCAGACACUGCUUCUGCUGGCCUGGCAGGUCCGGGUCCUCCUCUCCCUGCCCAGGUUGUCCCUGGAGGGCAGCCCUCAGUCCCGUGGGGGAGAGGCAGACAUCGCUGCCCACAGACCUGCCUCUGACUCAACUGUGUCCACCCUCCCUGGUCCCUACCCUCAAAAUCACAGAUGACUCAGCAGUGACCCUGUGUGCCCGGCCAGGUCCAAACUGAGAGGGAAGGUGUCCUUUUCACACUGCUAAUGAUGAGAGUGGCUCUUUUUAGCUAGGCAAGUGCAGAUGGGAGCCUGGACGGGGCAGAAAUGUUCCCCAGGCCCUGCCUGCGGUUUCUGCCUGGGCCUUGGCUGCUACUGUGUGUGAGCUGCACGUGAGCCUGUCACGGUGAGCUGGGACGAGCUGGGCCACACCUACCCUGGGGCGCCCCAGGGAGCAGGACGCUCCGGGGCCCAGCACGUUGCCCUGGGCCUGUGGCCGGAGUCAAGUCCUCUCUCCUCCUGCUGGCUUUUGGAAAGGCUUGGCUGUGUUGGGGAGUCUCUCUUGGUCCUUUCAGGAAUUUCUGUUCAGGCUUACUCCUCCUUAUCAGCUCUUUUAUCCAUCUCAGAACGUCCUGUGUCUCCGUGUAGGAGAGUGGCUUCCUAACCCUCCUAACUGCACGUACAGGCACAGGAAAGACGUCUCAGGGCGUCUGGUUAUAGGGAAACAAGGGGAGCAGGGACGUGGCUUUAAUUGGAGCACUCGGCUGGGCUGCUUGGGGAGACUCCCGUGUGUUCUUCCUCUGGAUAGAACCACCACCUCCUGGGCGUCACUGACAAGCUCCAUCUUAACCUCCAAAGCCACAGAACUAGGGGCUCAGAGCCAGAGCUGGCAGCUGACAGCUGAUGAUGCCAUUGCCUGAGCUCAUGACAGCCAAGUCCUUCUGUGGGUCACCUUUCUCCUCACCCAGCCCCUUUCUCUUACCUUUUUAAAGGCUCGUGUGUUUUCUCUCUUUACCCUGCGCUUGCUCAUGUCAACUCCAGUUUUAUCCAGCACAUCCUUAGAGCCAUCACCUGGCAUGCAGGUGCCUUACACUCUACGGUGGAACGUGGGGUACCGUGUGUCCACACAGACGUGCUUACAUGGAAUUACAGUUGUGGGUUUAUCCAAGGUGAGGAAGAUUUCACCUGCUGUUUAAUAGACCUGGGGCCAUGUGCCUCCCCACACGUGGGCAAGGACAGGUGGAAUGUCAGGACCACACUCUGUGGCUUCUCGGCACAAAGGGGAGGGGAGGGAGGCUGUGGUCGCUGCCGGCCUAGGUGCCGCAGGUGCCUUGCCUUUCUCUGGGACGCAGCUGGGGGCUGGCUUCUGAGGGAUUCUUUUCUCCCCUCUUUGGCCGCAGCCAGGGCGGUGGGCAGUCCUGGUGUGGAGCACAAGUCUCUCCACCGUAGUGAAAUGGCUCUGCACCACGGCUACCACGUGGAACCUUAACUUGCGGAAGGCUUGUUAACAAUUCUUUUUGAGAGAGGUGGCUGGUCAUGCCACAGCCGCUGGGGACUCCGCCUACUCCAGCCCUCUUGGGACACAUUGUGGGAUUUGCAGCCCUUCCCCAGAGGAAUUGUGGAGACUCCCAUGGCACAGACCCCCAGGCACCAGCACAGGGCUCUGGGUGACUCAGAACUGACAUUUGUCUCUGACAAGAUCAGCUGUAGGCUCGCCGCCCAGAGAAGACCACUGUGAGCAUUUUGGCCUAUAUCCUGCCCCGCCAUUUGUUCACUUUUUCAACUAAAUUGGGAACAUCCGACACACGCUGUUUGCAUCGUCUUCUCACUUGAUAUUCUAAGCAUUUUCCCAUGUCAUGAGUUUCUCAGAAACACGUUUUUAACAAUUGUAGUGUUUAGUUGUCCAUUUACUAUAAUUUAUCUGACCAUUUCCCUACUGUAAAAUAUUUAGACGGUUUCUGAUUUUUCCACUAUUUAAAUAAUGCUGUGAUGAAUAUCCUUAAAAUCUUCUGAUUACUUACUUUUUUCCCCCCUUAGAUGCCUAAAAGUGGUAUUUUGAGGUCAAAGAGUUUGUUCAUUUUAAAUAUAUUUUUCUGUCUCUCUCUCAACCUUAUGUUUAGAUGCUCAGAGUUCCAGUAGCAGAACCACCUUAGUUGUGUCCUGCAGAUUCUGAACAAAUCAGUUUCUGAUAAACUGUGUGUGUUCCAAAGAAUGUCUGAAUAAGACCGCUCUUUAUUUAAAUGCUAAGAGGAUGUCAUUGCUGCAAUCCAUUUGUGGCCGAUUUUUUCCAAGAGCCAGUUUCCUUGUUUUGGUUGCAAGAACCUGGCUCCGCCUGCAUGUCAGCUCUCUGCCAUCCCUGCUGCUGUGGCUUUCAUGGGCUUGGCAGUAUUUUCAGAAUCUUGUACUUUGUGUCCACAAUGGUACUGAAUUUGCAUCUGCACAGUCAGCAGAGAUAACAAGUGUUGAACUGACCUUGCCACAUGCUUAGUGAGUGAUUUGUAAUUAAGUUUAUAGACUCAGAAAGUACAUUAGGCCAUUUGGAAUCAGUAGCAGAGCAAAGCCUCUACUUGAAAAAAACCAUGUCGCUGAUUGGGUUUUCUGAGUGCAUUUGUCUCCCCGCUUCCGCCCCUGCUUCAGGCCUUAGUGGUUCAGAAGAGCCCGGCAGCGAGGCUGGCUUUUUCAUUGUAGGGCGUGGUUGUCCCAGCUGGUGUAGAUUUCAGGCCGUCUCUUCCCCACUCCCUGCCCACAGUAUUGCAGAUUGCCUGGCUGGCGGCAAGUCCAGACCACCUAAAUUUGGUUGGAUUUUUAUUUCUCCACUUUAGUUGGGGUCCAUUGCUUGUACGGGGGAACAUGCAGGAGGUUUUUCUAGGCACCGCGUUCAGUGCUGCUUCACUCUACCAGAGAGUAUGGCCAAAUAGCACAGAAUUUGGUUUCUUGCCCUCCUCUGAAGCCUGAAGCCCCCUUGCCUGGCUGGUCCACAAAGCCGGGGUGCUCACUGCUGGGACUUCAGAGCGCAGCUGCUGUGAGAAUAUGGUGAAGGUACUAUGUUGUGGAAGAUGCUGUCAUACACUUUUCCCCAGUUAUUUUCAAACUCAAACCUGACAUGAACCUAUGUUGACUCACUGGGUGGGGUCCCUUCUUACGCAGCACACGUGGCAAGUGCCUGAAUUGGGGCUGGAGGCACUUCAGAGCCUCUGAGGGGCCACCACUUCUGGCCCAAAAUUGCAGGGUUGUAAAUGAGGCUGCCUGUGGAGAACUGAUGUGAGGAGGAAGCUGUUUCCAACAAAGAGCACUUUGAUCUGUUGCUAUGGCUGUGGUGAGCACAACUGAACGAGCCUAUGUGUGUACCUGAAUUUUCCCCAUAACUCAUUUCUUCAAUAUGAAGAAACACCAAACUACGUACAGGGAACUUUUUACAAAAGGCAGACCUUUUUUUAGCCGUGUAACCCACGUAGCCUAACCAUCUGGCAGAAUGACUACAAAUAGGGGUCAUUGUGCUGGUAAAAGCCUCUAUUAUGACUGUAAGUUGGACGUUGGCAAAAUUUAAUUGUUACAGUAUUUAGAGCUGCUGUAGCUGUUCCUUCACAACAUAAAAUAGGAGAAAUGACGAGUACGUCUUUCAGGCGGGUGGCAGUCAGAACAUGCGUAAUCUCUACCUGGUCUGUAGCUGUAACUGUGAUGUACAGGCAAAGCAAAAAUUAAGAGACUUAUGAAAACAAUGCAAUGAUAUUAGGAUAUACACUUUUGUAUUUUUAUUCUUAUAUAAGGUUAUUUGCUGGCUAUUGUUGGCCUCUAGUUCAGUCUGUGUUAUUUAAAUUCUAAUAUAUGAAUUAUUUGGAUUGAAUUCAUGUUCGGGGCCACGUUGUUGUAUGUAUUGAUGUACAGCCUUGAAUGUGAAUAAUUAUUGUAAACUAUAUUUUACAACUUUUUUUCUGGCUUUAUUAUAUAAAUUUUCUAUUGGGUCAGUGAUUUAAUCAUAUAAUUUAAUGAAUCUCUUUUUUUUUUCCCAAAUAUAUGUGCUUUAGGUGUAGUUACCAGAUGAUGAAUUUUCCUCGUAUGCUCAGUAGUCUUGUAAUAAAAAGCAUGUAGAGUGUA